GAUUAAGAAAAUACAAAAUUGUAGGUAGUUUAUCUUGUAACGUAACAAUAUCAUUAAAUAAAAAUAGUUCAAUCAAUUAAAAAAAGAUACAGUAUUUUAUAAAAGUGGUUAUAAAUUUUAAAUGACAUUAAAUUUUAUCUAAAAUAAUGAAAAAUUAUUUAUUAUAAAACAAAAUUAAAAUCUUUAAACAUGAUUAUUUAUCAUGAUUUUAUAGAAGAUUUCCGAAAUAUCCACGGAAUAUAUCGACAUAAAUUGUAAAAUCUUACGAAAUAUUUUCUAGGUUUCGUUUGACCUAUGAAGUAGGAACUGUAAAGAUUUAUUUUUCCACCCUAUUAACAUUGUCCUGCCUCACUUCAAAACACUAAACCGUAAAAUCGAGAGACCAUUUUUUUUUUUUGAGGACAUGGAGAAGUUAUCUGAGAAGGCUUUCAGUUGGGAGAUAGACAACUUUUCCGAAAGGAACGGUGUGAUACGGUCGGAUCCUUUCACAAGCGGCGGCUGCGAAUGGCUUCUUUGUAUUCACCCAAAGGGAAAUUUGGUGGAUGAUCACUUGUCCCUCUUCCUGCACGCUGUGAAUCCUGUAUCAUUGCUACCUGGAUGGAGAAGACGAGCUAGUUAUCGCUUGGUUUUGUUGAAUCAAUCUGGCAAAGAGCUACGUAGAACAGCUGGAGAACGUAGAUUCUUCUGCGCUGAGGCCGAAGGCUGGGGUAGUCAAAGAAUGUUGCCUCUUACCAAGCUUCAGGAAGAAGGGUUUCUAGAGGACAACAAACUAACCAUUGAAGUCUACAUUAACGUACUUAAAGUUGUCGCUGAAGGAAAUUUAACUGGGAAUGAGAUGGUAGAUUUUCGUGGUUUCCAUGUUCUUAAUAGACAGGCUGUUUCAGUUAGCAAUAUUUUCGUACUGCAUCCAGACGUUGCAGUAGAUAUCAGAUCAGGUAUCAAAGAGGUGAAGACAGCUUACAUGAAUAUUCUCCUCGGCCUCGUCGAAACACUAGACAAGGCUCCUCAUAGCUUGUCUGAGACUGAACUAACAAACGCUGAAAGUGAGUUAAGCGAGCUAGAAGAGGCUGGCUUUAAGUUGGAUUGGCUGAAACCAAAGCUUGAGGAGGUUUCCUUGAAGAGGAAGCAAGCUGCUUCUUCUCAUAGAGUUUCUCCGUUUGAGUGCAUUGAUUUUUUGGUAAAGAGAUUCUUUUUGUCUUGCUUCUCAGAACACUAACUGCGUUUUUCUAGUGAAAGUUUGGGGGAGUGUUUGAGUUCAUUGUUUUAGUUUUUAAUCUUAUCAUUAUUUUCUUUCAAACAAGUUUGAAUCCAUGUUUUUUUCUGUCAUUCUUUGCCGUGUUGUCAUCACCAAAUCCUUGUUUGAUUGUUUCCCAAGAACUUCUUGUUAGAUA